CUCUCCUCCUCCUCCCGUUCUCCGACAAAUCUCCAUUUCCAUAUCUCCACUUCAAUCCUCUCUCUCUCUCUCUCUCGCGUUCAUCUCGAUGCUGUCUCGGUGCUUCACCAAAUCGCACGCAUCCUUGACCCUUUGAGAUCUCCUGGUAAUGCGGAGUGCCGCCGGGAUCCGCCGCAUCUCGCAUUGCAAUGCAGCUUCUUUGCCCUUCCAAUUGAUCCGCGACUCAAAGGGGGAUUUGAUUUGGUUGGGCUUUAUUUCUUUGUUUUCGCCGCCAUGGAUCGUGUCAUUGGGGGAAAGUUUAAGCUUGGGAGGAAGAUCGGGAGCGGAUCUUUCGGCGAGCUCUAUCUCGGUGUUAACAUUCAGACUGGGGAGGAAGUUGCUGUCAAGCUAGAAUCCGUUAAGGCAAAGCACCCCCAGCUUCACUAUGAGUCAAAAUUGUAUAUGCUUCUUCAGGGAGGAACGGGUAUUCCCCAUCUUAAGUGGUUUGGUGUGGAGGGAGAGUACAAUGUCAUGGUCAUUGAUCUUCUUGGACCUAGCCUGGAAGACUUGUUCAACUAUUGCAAUCGAAAAUUAUCCUUAAAAACAGUGCUCAUGUUGGCCGAUCAGUUGAUCAAUCGAGUCGAAUAUAUGCACUCGAAAGGCUUCCUACAUCGUGAUAUCAAACCAGAUAACUUCCUCAUGGGUUUAGGCCGCAGAGCAAAUCAGGUUUAUAUCAUCGACUAUGGCCUUGGAAAGAAGUAUAGAGACCUACAAACUCACAAGCACAUACCUUACAGGGAAAAUAAAAAUCUUACAGGAACAGCUCGGUAUGCUAGUGUAAAUACACAUCUUGGAGUUGAACAAAGCAGGAGAGAUGAUCUGGAAUCUCUAGGUUAUGUGCUCAUGUAUUUCUUAAGAGGAAGCCUUCCCUGGCAGGGCUUGAAAGCCAACACUAAGAAGCAGAAGUAUGACAAGAUUAGCGAGAAGAAAAUGCUUACUCCAGUUGAGGUGCUGUGCAAAUCUUACCCAUCAGAGUUUAUCUCUUACUUCCAUUAUUGCCGAUCUUUGCGGUUUGAUGAUAAGCCAGAUUACUCAUAUUUGAAGAGACUGUUCCGUGACCUCUUUAUUCGAGAAGGCUACCAGUUCGAUUAUGUGUUUGACUGGACUGUCUCAAAGUUCCCUCAACCUGGUGCCAAUCCUAGAAUUCGACCCGGUGGAAGAACCAGUGGAACAACUGGACUGCCUAUUGAACGAUCAGAAAGAACUUCAGUAGUACAAGAAAUCCGUGAUAAAUUUUCCGGUGCCGUCGAAGCAUUUGCAAGAAGGAAUACUUCUGGUUCUACUCAUCAUGCAGAUCAUUCAAGGCACAGAGCUUUGGAAAAUUCGCCUUUGCCGGCUAAAGAUACUGUUCAUGAAUCUGAGAAACCUCAAUCAGCCUCGAGGAAUGGGAACUCUUCAAAGAGAGCUGUCAUCGCAACUAGCAGGCCGAGUUCUUCAGGUGAGCCCAGCGGCGAGCACCAACAUGGUCGUUCGAGCCGGAUUAUCUCUAGUGGUGGCAGCAGCCGACUAUCUAAUGUUCAACGGAGUCAUCAAACCGGAAGUGAGUCCAGAUCCUCGUCCAUCUCCAAAAAUAUCAGUGCGAGAAACUCCCGUGAGAAUCCCCUUCUCCGAAGCUUCGAGCUCCUCUCAGUCGGAAAUGAGAAGCGAAAAUAAACAUACAGUUCGAAGGAGCCUCCAGAAAGAAAAUGAUGAAGAAGAAGCUAAGUGGAGCUAUAGCUGCUUUUCGGACAAAUAAUGUAAUUCUUUGAAAUUUUUUUGCAAACAUUUCAAGCAUGACUUCCUUCUCAAAUUGAUUUGGCUGAGACUGUUGUAAUGGAAGUCAUUAAAAAGUCAAACUCUGAGAACUUUUGUUCUGAUAUCCAUGUGCAAGUAUAAGACUGUUUAUUCAA